UGAAGUAAAAAAGCGGUGGAGAUCUCUACGUGACACAUAUUCGAGGAAGUUAAAUGAUAUGAAUCAGCCUUCAGGAUCGGGUUAUAAACAUGUAGGUUGGAAAUAUUUUCAAGUUAUGUCCUUCUUGAAGGAUUGUUAUGCGUCUAGGCCUCGAGAAGGAAAUGUUCCUAUCCGCAAAGAUCCUGUCAAUGAGGAAUACUUAGAAUACGACUACAACAAUAACGAGGUUGAACAUCUAGAUGAGGAUGAAUCAUAUUCUAUCUUCGAUUCCGAAUCAUCAAGAACUGCGACAAACAGCCCUGCGCCGUCCAAAAAAAGAAAACAAACGCAGGAUCCGUUGCUAGAGGAGCUUCUUGAGGUAGAACGGUCAAAGCAGGAAACAUUAAAAGCCCUUAUCGAAACGCGGCCGAAAACAUCAUCAAAUUAUUUAUUUUUUAAUAGUUUGAUUGAACCUGUAGAUGCUUUACCUUUACAUGUACAGCUACAGGUAAAAGAAAGCAUCAUGAAAGUUGUUCAUGACGCCAUGUUACUUAAUGAAUAAUUAAAUACGUUCAAAAAUUAUAGCAAAAGUAAAUAAAUGCAUUGAAUUGGGUUUUUAAAAUAAGAUAUACUGUACAAUUAAUGUGAAUAACGUCAUCAUGAACAUAUCAACAGAUUGGAAUUGAAUACAGGAAAGAUUAUAAAUAAGAUUGGAAUCAUUUUAAUAG